UAGCUUGGUUUCGAGCCUUUAUUUUUAACUGGUUUUCCUCCCCGCACGGGCGGUGCCGAAUCUGCGGCGGCGAAAGCGCGGGGUGGCGAGCGGCGGCGGCGCGCGCGGGAGGUGCCAUGGCGGCGGGGGGCCUGGCGGGGCUCCUGCCCGCCCAGACCCAGCUCGAGUACGCCCUGCUCGACGCCGACACUGCCCAGGAGAAGGAAAACUUGGUCUACCAGUACUUGAAGAAGCUGGACAGCCGCGAGCGGGACCUGUCGGUGCCCGAGCUCGGCGCAGAUCUGCAGUGGUUAAACACUGAAGGUCCUAUUUCUCUUCACAAAGACCUUUGUGGAAAAGUUGUGGUGUUGGAUUUCUUUACUUACUGCUGCAUCAAUUGCUUGCACCUGCUGCCUGAUCUCCACGCACUGGAGCACCAGUACUCUGAUAAAGAUGGUCUUGUUAUUGUUGGUGUCCAUUCAGCGAAAUUCCCAAACGAAAAGGUUCUGGACAACAUCAAAAGUGCCAUUCUGAGAUAUAAUAUUGUCCACCCUGUAGUAAAUGAUGCAGAUGCCACAUUGUGGCAUGAACUUGAAGUGUCCUGCUGGCCAACGCUGGUCAUUCUUGGGCCUCGUGGAAACAUGCUGUUCUCACUUGUUGGAGAGGGACACAGAGAGAAGUUGUUUUUGUUUACUUCUAUAGCACUGAAGUUCUACAAGGAGAGAGGACAAAUCAAAGAUCACAAAAUUGGAAUAAAGCUAUACAGAGACUCUCUCCCACCUUCUCCUCUGCUGUUUCCUGGCAAGGUGACUGUAGAUGAUUCAGGAGAAAGGCUAGUAAUAGCAGACACUGGACAUCACAGAAUUCUGGUUACUCGAAGAAAUGGACAAAUUCUACACACUAUUGGAGGUCCAAACAGUGGGAGGAGAGAUGGAAGAUUUUCAGAGGCAGCUUUCAACUCACCGCAAGGGGUUGCUAUAAAAAAUAAUGUUAUUUAUGUAUCUGAUACAGAAAAUCACCUAAUUAGAAAGAUUGACCUGGAAUUAGAGAUGGUGACCACUGUAGCGGGCAUUGGGAUACAAGGUGUUGAUAAAGAAGGUGGAGCAAAAGGAGAAGAACAGCCUAUCAGCUCUCCAUGGGAUGUGGUCUUCGGAAACUCAAUUGCAGGGACCCAGGAAGAUGAUGUUUUAUGGAUAGCUAUGGCAGGCACUCAUCAGGUGUGGGCACUGAUGCUGGAAGGUGGAAAACUACCAAAGGGAAGUGAUUUAAAGAAAGGAGUCUGCCUUCGAUUUGCUGGGAGUGGAAAUGAAGAGAACAGAAACAACGCAUACCCACAUAAAGCAGGCUUUGCACAGCCUUCGGGUCUCUCUCUGGCUUCCGAGGAACCAUGGAACUGCCUUUUCGUAGCGGAUAGUGAGAGCAGCACCGUACGAACCAUCUCUCUGAAAGAUGGAGCAGUGAAGCACCUUGUAGGAGGAGAGAGAGAUCCAUUGAAUUUGUUUGCCUUCGGUGAUGUGGAUGGGGCAGGCAUAAAUGCAAAGCUGCAGCAUCCCUUAGGAGUAACAUGGGACAAAAAAAGAAAACUACUUUAUGUGGCAGAUUCCUAUAACCACAAGAUUAAGGUUGUAGAUCCCAAGAUGAAAAACUGUGCUACCCUGGCAGGCACAGGAGAAGCAAGCAAUGUUAUUGGUUCCAGCUUUACACAGUCAACUUUUAAUGAACCGGGAGGUUUGUGCGUUGAAGAAAACGGCCGCUUGAUGUAUGUUGCAGACACAAAUAAUCAUCAGAUUAAAGUGCUGGAUUUGGAAACAAGAAUUCUUUCCAUGUUGCCUGUCCUGAAUCCAGAAGCUUGCGAUGUUCCAGACAACCUGCCUGUGCAAAAGGAUAAAAUAACAAACCUUCCUAAACUGCCUAAAUCUGCACCAAAUGUUCAACUUCCUUCGAUAACUGUAGCUCCCGGCCAGACAAUUCAGUUUUUAUUAAAGCUGACUCUUCCUCCAGACUCAAAACUGAAUGAAGAAGCUCCCAAUUCCUGGUUUAUCACAGCAGAAGAUAAUACCUGGUUGAUUCAAGGGCAGUGUCCGUCUGGAGAAAUAAAGGAUGUUUCCAGUCAAACUAUCAUUCCCUUUCAGUUACCCAGAAGCUGUUUGUCAGCUGAAGCCAUCCUGGCCGUAAAAGCGUGCCUCUACUAUUGCAGCAAAGGUAGCAGUGCCUGUAUGAUGAAAGGAAUCUCAUUCAGUCAGCCUUUACAGAUAGUUACUACAAACCAAGGCAGCUUGACUCAAGUGGAACUGAUGCACUCGUUUUUAACCAACUAACCCAAAGCCAGCUAGUCUCAUGCUUUGUUUUACUAUCCACCAUUUCUGCAGGAGAAAUACCUUUCUCCAUUGUUCAUUUUCCUGGAGCUUAUGCCGAAGCUAAGAAAGAAUGCACUUGGAAAAAUGAAGUAUAGAUUUCUGUACAACUUUACGUGAAAAUUUAUCUUCACAACCUCAUUUCUUUUAAUUACAGUAGCAGCAAUAAUACUGUAAUACUCUGGACUCUUGCCAAUUGUGAGUAUAUUGGAUGUAUGCCUUUCUAAGCAAUGAGCAACAAUUUUUAGAGUCCUUUUGAAAGAGCUGGUGUUCCUUUGUGAUGUUACUGUAACAAGUCCUUUGCACUGUACACACUGUUAGAAUAGCUAGAGCAUUUUAGACUAACAGCUACAAAUUCCUUUUGUGCCCUUAUAAAUUUUAAUAGAAUGUCAAAAUGAACAGUUUCUUUCUCCAGGCUGGACAAGAAAUAUCUUGCUUAUUUUUCUGGCAUUUAUGACACAUGUAUUUUGAAAAUACAUCUUACACUAAGUGAAGUGCAGCUCUAAUUUUAUGCAAAGUGAGUGUUUUGCUUCACUAGAUAUGACUGCCUUACAUGAAGAGCAUAGUUUCAUGGAACGUUUUCUGUGAAAGGAAGCGUCCAAGUUCCUACAGAAGAAUUUCAUAUUGAUUUCUUAAAAAAGAAUGUGCCUCUCUCUGAUGUGUAGAUACAUAAAAAAACCAACACAAACCCAUGUUGGAGUUUUUCUGUUAUAUACCAAUAUACACUUUGUAGUAAGUGGCAGAUAAUAAUUGAAUAUCUAAACUGCAAAAAUUAAAUGUUAAUCAUUUCAAGCAGGGUGAAUCACUUGCCUUUCCUACUUUUAUGAUUUCUUUGUAAAGACUUGUCUGAAGACUUCUGUGUUUCAAAUACAUAAUAUUAAGAAUGGUAUGUUCUUGAAGUCUGAUUUAGUGUCUUUUGAAGUCACAGUUAGUCCCUUGAAUUGUAAUAGUGGCCACUGAACCAGACCUGUGUAUUUAAUAACGGACUAUUUGCGUUGAUGUUUAGAGGUUCUGGACUUUUGCUAGAAAUCUGGUAACUUAAUCUUUGAGUAAGGUGCUUUAAAUCUGUAUCACAAAACUCUGCCUUUGGUGGUUAAGUGUUUUACAAGUAAAAUUCUUUAAAUUUAAAAGUAAACUUAAGGAAUAUAGGAGGGGAUGUAAAUUUUUUACUUGAAAGGGAAGAGUUCUCACAGUGCUGAAGUGGUGACUGGAUCAAGCUCUGUGCUCUAGUCAUGAGGAUCAGGUCUGAGAAAGUGAUUUGUUUUCAAUUUCAGGAUAGUAUUUUCACAUAUAUUAGACAGUACAGUAGUGGAAGAAUUUUUAUAUAGUCUUUUCUAAAACAAUCGCCAUUGUUCCUGACACCUGUCAGUAAAACCCCAGAAUGGUUGUUGUUGCUCUUUCUUGAAGGCUGACUGAAAUGUUGGUCAUGAACCCUAGAGGCUUUUGUUUUAAGGGAACCAUGUGGAUUGGUGUGGUUUUUCCUUCCAUUGAAAUGCCAGUCUAUCUACAAGUUCUCUGCAGUACCAGAAAUGGUUAUUAUCUCACCUGUCAGCAAGGCAAGGGCUGAACUAUUCUUUCUCAUGCGUUUGUUUUUUGAGCAGCUUUUCUAAUUCAGCAUUUCAGCUCCUUUGGGCGAACCUCUCAAUUCUCACAUGGCAUUUUUGAAGGCGGAAGCUUUACUACUUUGUUCACAGAAUGCAAAUUCUAUUGGAAGGAUGAAGGUACAGGAACCGAGUUGGGCAUUUAUUGUUUUUUUUAUACUUUAGUACAAUUCACUCUAUCAGAAUUUUUUUGUUUGUUUAACUUUGUGUAGUGGCCAGGAAACCUUAAAUCAGCUUGCAGCUAGACCACAAAUUUUCUGUUGCUUGCUGAAAAAACAAGCAUUAGUUCCAGAAGCUCAGAAUAAUGAGCCAAGCUGUAACAGUUAUCUUGAACGUAUAAUUCAGCAGAUGGAAUUUUUUACUUUCAUUUUCAACAAGAGUGACAUUAUAUUUGCCUGUUUCACUUGAGUGAGAUCAUCAAAUUCUGCCUGUAUUCCAUUAUUAAAGAAAAAAAAAGAUGACAAAUCUGUUUUCCGAUCAACACUUUUUAAUUAACGUAUCGCUGUGUAUUCCUUACUUUAUUUAACUGUAGUGUGUAAUGUUUAAGUACAGUAUUGUAGAUGUGUUUUCUAUGUGAAUGCACAUAUACAAAUGUGUGUUUAAGUGUCAUAUCCUUUUCAUUUCCAAGUUUUGGCUCUCAGUCACUGUAUGUAGACACACUCAGAACCACUAUGAGCUCAUUGGGAAAGGGUGAUAGUAAGUAUUAGGUAAACUGUUGCAUAACCAUCGAGUUGUAGUCUGGAAUCAAACUGUAGUAACGUUUAAAUAUUUAGUUGUGGCCAAAUUUUAAACAACUGUAUUUCAAGGAAAGCAGCUUUACUAGUGGAGAGCAGGAAUAUAUCUGUUUGAACCAGUUUUUUUCUUUUAAGGCCAUGUCUUGCAGCAGAUGACUGAAUGUUAUAUAAACUAGGGCAGUGGGAGGUGGGAUACUGCAUCCGUGCUAAUCUUGCUCUUUCUGCAAAGCCUCAGAGCAUUCCUGGCUGCUGCACUGUACUGGCUUUAUGCUAAAGGAGGGGCAGAAGUUGUGAUGCUGUCUCAAAAAGACACACAACCCACUAUUUGCAAAGAAAAGCUGCGUAUCCCAAAAUGCUUUCCCUCCACAUCUGGUUAAGUCCUAAGCUCUUUUAGGCAAUAAGCCUAAGCCCUUUAGUUUGCAAGGGAGAGUUGCUUUUCCUAACUCAUCUUAGUGGUUUUCACACAGGGACACUGCUCCAAUUGCUCUCCAUCAUAAUUUUGGGAGCAGCUGAUACUUACUGUACUCCAGUUCUCACUGAUGUAGUUACUGGGCUACUUGUGCUCCUUGUUCAGCCUAUGAUUGGCCUUUAAUUGUAUAGCCUAAUGCUAUGUUUUCUUUGUCCAAGGAAUAGCACACAUCUUCUCAGAGUCACUCCUGCCAAUUAACUUGUGGUAUACAGAAAUUUAAACAUUCUGUAAUUAGGAAACCAUGGGUUUUGAAGGCUUAUGACGUUUAGGGAUACUAUUUCUGUUGCUUUCUCCAGAGUUUACAAGAUGCUCUUAUAGUAAAGCAACAAGUGCCAUAAAUGUAACCAGACAGGCAAACAGAAUAGCUGGUACAGGCUGCAGAAAUUUAUUUCAGUUGCAUACCAGAAAGCAUCUUCAAUCUAUGAUUCAGGGAAAAAAAAAUCAGAAAAUGUUAGUACUCUUGUCUAAAUACUGAAAAAUCAUAUAUAUAUUGAUGACUGCUAUAUCUUUGUAUGGUAAUUUACUUUAUUAGUGUUUCCUGAUAUAAAAAAUCUCAGCAGGUUGGUAUGGCUUAGUACUCUCAGAUUUGUAUCUUACAGUAAGAGUAUGUAAUUCAUGAUUUUUUCAAAAUAUGUCUUUCUGCAGGCUUUAAAAGGUUUUGCAUCAGACCUUAAUGUAGUAGUAAAUUACUGUAGCAAAUAUCUAAAGAAUAUUGUCAUGGCUGUAUUGUAUAAUGGGCACAAGUUGAGUGGCAUUUGCAGUUUUUAGUUGCAGUGUUUGCUUUUCUGGGAGAGCUUUUGAAUGAAUGUAUUAAUAGUUCCGUGAGGUGUUUUAUUUAAUUACAGUAAAAUAGUCUCAAUUAGACUAGGAAUAAGAUAAUCUGGUUUCAGAGAGGGAGCAUAAUGUGUUUUGAUAGCUCUUUCAUGUUGUUUGAGUUCGGUAGUAUCUCUCUGUACUUUGUUCCCUUCUGUUGAAGGAAGGAUAGGGAUGCUAACUGUGUAAACCUUUUGAUGGGCACGUAUUUUAUGCACACAUUAGUAGUUGGUUCCUUUUCAUGUUAGAUUUUCACAUGUCAUUUGGGGCUUUCUACUGGAAGUACUUCUUCAUAGUUUGUGUUUUGCUUCUCUUGUCUUUCACUUGUAGGGAAUUGUGUGUUUACAUCAUGUCAUGAUGCAAAGCAAGUACAGACCUUGCAAGUAACACAUGAGAAAGUAGUUUUAUAGCAUCAUGUAAAUGCCUUAUCUCUUUAGCUCCAGAAAAGGUGCAUAUGGCUUCCAGUAUGUUGUUUAUAUUCUUAGUGCCCUUUUUUAUUCCAAUGGGCAAAUCUUGUCACUCAACCCACGAGUAAAACAUUUUUAUGAUAAUGUCAAGAAAAGCAUAUUCCUUAUCUCUUGCUAAGAGGAGGGGGAUGAUCAGAAUGAUGAAGUGACUUUCCUUCUCAUGCAGGAGCACGUCCUUCUGUUCUUUUAAUUGUUGACUAUUUAUUUUAGCAAAGAGAGUUGUGUCAUUGACCACAAAUUCUCUUGGAAUUUUGAUUCCUAUUGAGGUUUUCUACAUACAUGGAAGCUUUAAAUGUCUGACUUUGUAGAUUUAUGAGUGAUAUAUCUAGUUGGAAAUGGCUUAUGAUUUAGCAGACAAUAGCAGAGCUUUAUGUGCAUUCUUAUGAUCAGUAAAGUUUUUAAAAUCACACAUUGCAGCUAAGCUCCCACAGAAGAGUGUUCAUAAACUGUGUAUUGCAACUCAAAAAGUAAGUUUUCUUCCUUGUAUAAUGUGCAAGAGAUGCUGUAACAUAUUGUGUACGUGUGUCCUCCAGGCUGCAGUUGUGCUGCCUGAGGAGGAUUUACCAUGCACAGCAGCUUAUCAGGCACCCACAGUAACUCUCUGCUCGGGUCUGUCAGCUCGGUCAUUCAUAUAAUCAAUUAAAAUUACUGAUUUAUGUUAGCAAAGAUUAGUAUUUAGAAUUGAUCAUUAUAAUUUUCAUUGAAAUCGUUUUGUCAUGAAUUAGAGGAGCUUCUCUGUCCCAAGCAGGGAAAGAAUGGUGACAGUUACAGAUGGCUGUUGAAAAUGUGAGACCUGGUGAUUUUUUAAUUAAGCGGCCACAUCCACCUUUGUAUUCUUCAACGGGUCAUGAAUUUAGAAAUACUAUUCUAAUAUUUUACAUUCCGUUAUUGUCAUAUAACCAAAUUUGACUACUGCCUUCCAUCAGAAGCAGCUGUUCUUAAGUUUUAUAGGUUUUGUACUGUCAUAUGUAAAAUAACUUUCAUUAAGGAUUAGGAUUAAUUCUUGUUGAGGAUUCAGCACACCUAUAAUUGAGUUUCCAAGUUUUUCUUACUUUGUUUGUCAUAUUAUUAUGAGGGAUUUUGUUUAGGUUUUGAGGUCUAUCUUUUUCUCCUAUAGUUUUCCCAAGAGUGAAAUGCAGCCAGUAUCCUGUUACUCUGGGGGGGAUCCAAGUGGGAUAAUUCCCUCCACCUCCCCUUGCCCCUGCCGUGCUUUAGGAUGGGGCUGUAACAGCGAGCAGAGUAGGGCAGCCCCAUGCAAAGAUAAUGCUGCCUGGCACUCACUCCGAACUGGUGCAGAUGAGGUGAGGAUUUCAGUAUGAGUUACACCAUGACACUGGCUUUCGGAACGGAUAAACCUGGUGCAUACUGGCUGGCUGGGGUUACCUGCUUCCUAGGCCUGGGU